GAAGCAGACACAGCAAGGGUAGGGGCCUAAAGCCAGACAGAGAAGCAAGUACCCAGAGCAAGUAGCUCUCGAGGAAGGGUCAGUUUGAGCAGGGUCCUUACACCUCUGCCUUGAGGGCAGCUGCUCAGUGUGGCCAAAGACACAUAGCCUAGUGAGGGACAGUCCUGCGUCAAUGCCCCCUUCUGCUGCUCCCUCAGAAGCUGUCUCCCGGAGACCCCUGCCAGACUUGCUUCCUCUCUGCUAAGCUCCAGAUUGAACUAGGGCCACAACUCUCUGCACUCCCUGAGCCAUGGGGCCCAGAAUAGGUGAGGGGCCUCAGAUGCCAGACAGGAGUACCAAGGCCACAAUGGGCACAGAAGACUCGCAUGAGAGCAAAGCCAGCAUGGAGCCUCAGGACUUCUGUGAGAAUGCACAACCCCGAGGGCUGUUCCACAGCAUCAAGUUCUUCGUCCUGUGCCACAGUGUACUGCAGCUGGCACAGCUCAUGAUCUCUGGCUACCUCAAGAGCUCCAUCUCCACAGUGGAAAAGCGCUUUGGACUGUCCAGCCAGACCUCAGGGCUGCUAGCUGCCUUCAACGAGGUAGGGAAUACAUCCUUGAUCUUGUUCGUGAGUUACUUCGGCAGCCGAGUACACAGACCCCGUGUGAUUGGCUGUGGGGCUUUCGUGGUGGCUCUGGCAGGCUUGCUCAUGGCGCUCCCACACUUCAUCUCGGAACCAUACCGCUAUGACCACAGCAGCCCUGAAGAUAGGUCACAGGACUUUGAUGCAUCCCUGUGCCUGCCCACGACUGUGGCUCCGGCCUCCACCCUCUCCAAUGACAGCUGUUCCAGCCGCACAGAAGCCAAGCAUCUGACCAUGGUGGGGCUCAUGUUCACAGCACAGACCCUGCUCGGCAUAGGCAGUGUGCCCAUACAGCCCUUCGGUGUCUCCUAUAUUGAUGACUUUGCCCACCAUAGCAACUCACCCCUCUACCUUGGAAUCCUGUUUGCAGCAACCACCAUGGGGCCUGCCGUGGCCUAUGGGAUGGGCAGCCUCAUGCUCCGCCUUUAUGUGGACAUUGACCGGAUGCCAGAAGGAGGUAUCAACUUGACCCCAAAAGACCCCCGAUGGGUGGGCGCCUGGUGGCUGGGCUUCCUCAUCUCUGCGGGACUGGUGGUGCUGGCUGCCAUCCCCUACUUCUUCUUCCCCAAGGAUAUGCCCAAGGAGAAACACGAGCUUCACUUCAGGCGGAAGGUCUUGGCCGGUGCAGCCUCGAUGCUCAGCAAGGGCGAGGAACUCUCCUCUCAGCAGGAGCCUUUAAAGAAAGAGGCUGAACUGGCCCAGGUUGCUCCGGACUUGACGGUGAUCCAGUUUAUCAAAGUCUUCCCUAGGGUGCUGCUGCGGACCCUGCGCCACCCCAUCUUCUUGCUGAUAGUCCUGUCCCAGGUGUGCAUGGCAUCCAUGGUGGCAGGCAUGGCCACCUUCCUGCCCAAGUUCCUGGAGCGCCAGUUUUCCAUCACAGCCUCCUUUGCCAACCUGCUCAUCGGCUCCUUCACUGUCCCCCUGGCCAUCGUGGGCGUCGUGGUGGGAGGCGUCUUAGUCAAACGUCUCCACCUGAGCCCCACGCAGUGCAGCGUCCUCUGCCUUCUCGGGUUGCUGUCGUGUCUGCUGCUCAGCUUGCCACUCUUCUUCAUUGGCUGCUCUACCCACCAUAUUGCAGGCAUCACCCGGGACCUGGGUGGGCAGCCAGGGCCAAGCCUGUUUCCUGGCUGUGCUGAGCCUUGCUCCUGCCAAUCGGAUGACUUUAACCCUGUUUGCGACGCCAGUGCCUACGUGGAGUACACCACACCCUGCCAUGCUGGCUGCACACGUCGCGUGGUCCAGGAGGCUCUGGGCAGAAGCCAGGUAUUCUACACCAACUGCAGCUGUGUGGCAGGGGAUGGCACGGUGCCUGCCGGUUCCUGCGAGUCAGCCUGCAGCCACCUGGUGCUGCCCUUCCUUCUCCUGAUGAGCCUGGGGACAGCAGUGGCCUCUGUCACCCACACACCUUCCUUCAUACUCAUCCUAAGGGGAGUGAAGAAAGAAGAUAAGACCCUGGCAGUGGGAAUGCAGUUCAUGUUCCUGAGAUUAUUGGCUUGGAUGCCUAGCCCCGUGAUCCACGGCAGCGCCAUCGACACCACCUGUGUGCACUGGGCCCUGAGCUGUGGCCGGCGAGCCGUCUGCCGCUACUAUGACCAUGACCUGCUCCGAAACCGAUUCAUAGGCCUCCAGUUCUUCUUCAAAAGUGGAGCCCUGGUGUGUUUUGCCUUAGUUUGGGCCGUCUUGAGGCAGCAAGACAAAGAGGCCCGCGCCAAGGUCACUGUGAAGAGCUCUGACCUGCAGCAGCAGCUGUAAGCAUCAGGACCACAGAAGAAACCCAAGGGUCCCAGAAGGCCGACAUUCCCAGCCCCGCCCUAACCAGGAAUGGCAGCCACGGCCAUGCAUCUUCUGAGCCCUUUGCCAAAGACGACCAAAGCAGCACCUGCGCCGUGAGAAGCACCGCCUCCCCGUGCUGGUUCCUCUGCUAAAUUACAAAGUGACUUUGAACAAGUUCCGGGCUUUGCUUGCUCUUUGGAACCAAGGCGUUGUUGUGUUGGCCAUUUCUCAAGCAAGAGGGUCAUCCUCAUUCCUUCCCCCAGCCAGAUUGACAAGCUGGCCCCAAGUGGUGGUGGGGAGGAACUUCCUCUCUGAUGCUAGAAUCGGGAGGUAGGCCGACUAGAUCAUGCUUCACUUCACACAGAACCUGAGCCCAGCUCUGCCGCUUGUGGAGUCCCUCCCCACGCUUAAGCAGGAGGUAGACUCCAGCUCUCAGGCUCCCGCUGUGCCCGUCUCUGCAGUCCUGUUAGGUACCGGCCUUCUCCCCUAGCCCUGGCCGCCUUCAAGAAGUGUCCAUCUGGCGCCCCCUGGAGGCAGAGUUCAGAGAGGAGAUUAUGGAGAGCCCCAAAUGCGGGAGGGAGGAGGACACCGUAUUUGUGGUCAGGAGCCUUAGCCGGGGUGGGAGGGGGGCUCUCUGGUUCAGAAGGUCUCCGCUUUUGUCUUCAGGAAGCCACGGUUGUUGAAAGGGAGGUCUAGCCUUUCCUUUAGAGGCCUGUAACUUCAGAGACCACUUUAAAUUUGGACCCGCACCUCCUGAAUGAGUGUCGUCAGGACCGCACACAUUUACCGGAGGCCUCCAAAGUCACCGUGGCUCUUGGGAGAAGAAUCCUGGUCCAUUUCUGGGAGGCUUUGCAGCAAAUACCUGAUUUUGUGAUAUCCAAGGCGACCGCUGGUUCUCUGAGCUCUCUGGGUCAGUGUGAGGGCUAGAGGCAGAGAAGAGCAAAGCUCAGUCCUGCACAGAGAGCAGUGGUGCAGCCUUCUUGGGCCAGGAUUCCUGGGACCCCCAAUCCUUCUCCAUGCCAGGUCUGUCUGGCUUUCUGGCCAGUUGCCUCCAGGUAGCAGAAGAGAAAGCCCUCAUCUGCUCCCAGCCAGGUCUGCUGGUACCAUACACCCCACCCGUGUGGCCACGAAGGGAGGUAGGGAGCUAGCAACAGCCUCCCUGUGUGCCUAGCUCUUAGCCAAUGGAUAAGGUACUUGUCCCCUGUGCAGAAGGGACUGCAGAAGCCCUCAUUCCUGCCAGGCAUGUUGCCACACAUCUGUGACCUAGCAUUUGGAGACUAGAAGACGAGGAGUUCAAAUGCCAUUCUCAGCUACAUAGUGAGUUUGAGUCUAACCUGGGCAACAUGAGAAAGUCUCAAAAAAUCUAAAAAGAAUAAAGAGAAGAGGGAAAGAAGAGAAGAGGAGGAGGAAGGAGAGCCUGGUCACUAAUCUGUAUCACAGUUGAGCGUUUAGCCAGUACCUGAGCCUACACUGAUCAGUGCCAAGAAUUUUGAAGUCACUUUCACCAAGACAAGUCUGUUAGUGGGUUUUCAUUCUGUCUGCUCUCCCGCUCCCCAGGUCGCACAGGGAUAGCCCGGCUGUAUGCAUACGGCCCAUUAUUGAAUUUGUCUUUGCAUAAUGCCUCUUUCACAACAAAAAUUUAUCCUUCUAAACUGCAUUAGAGGUUUGCGUCAGCCACAUCUCUUCCAGUUACUUAGACUUCCGCCUCACCAGGUUUAUUCACUCUGGCAUCUUGCAUUGUCUUCUCUCUUUAUAUUCUGGUUUAAUUUUUCCUUUGACUGGCUUAUUUCCUCUAGUAAUGGUUUUGAAAAUGGA